UGCAGUAACCACACCAAUCCAACAGUCCAACAGCCAGCCACCUCUGUGUCCCUGUGUCAGUGACGUCAUGAAGCUAGUCGCCGCCAUCUUGCUGUGCCUGGCGGCAUCCGCCCUGUGUGAGAAGAGAAUCAUCAACGGAGAAUCCGCUCCUCUGUACUCCCACCCGUACAUCGUCUCUCUGGAAGGCCUGGUUGACAGCUUCUUCUUCACCUACUGGAAACACAUCUGUGGAGGCUCGCUCAUCGACAGGCAAUGGGUGCUGACCGCCGCCCACUGCGUGGAAGGUAUGGGAAAAAGCAAACUGCGUGUCAAAUUGGGAGUGAUCACCCUGGGAGAGACAAACAACUACCAGCAACAAGUCGCCAUUUCUCAGGUGACCGUGCAUGGUCAGUACAGCAGCACGGCGUCCGGUAUCCCCAACGACAUCGCUCUGCUCAAACUCAGUCAGCUCGCCGUUCUCAACAAGAACGUCCAAAUUGCCCAACUGGCCUCUGCCGGUUCCUCAUUUUACAACACUGAGUGCGUGCUGGCUGGGUGGGGCAAGCAGAACGAAGGUCACACCCUCGUGGACGCCACGGAGCUUCACGAAGUCAACAUCACCAAGAUCUCCACGGCUGAGUGCAGACGGGAGUGGCCCGGGGAAGCCAUCACGGACAAACACAUCUGCGUGCACGACGCCAGUCCUCCAGCCGGGCAGCGACCGAGUGGGUGUAUGGGCGACAGUGGAGGACCCAUGAUGUGUGGACCACGACAUAACAUCUUGGCUGGCGUCACUUCCUGGGGGGAGCGCACGUGUAGCGGAACUUUCCCCAGCGUCUACACCAGGGUCUCUGCCUAUCUGGGCUGGAUCAGAAAUAACGGCCCUGAGUUGUGAUCUCUUUGGCUGGCUGAGUGAAAUAAAUACAUUCACAUUAUGCUG